AUGGGCGGCCUUCAUGUAAUUCUACUCUUGAUUUGCAUCACUCAUCUCUUUGCUAUUAUUGGCGAAGCUGUUACUCCUAGAGAAACACUUGAGAUAAUCAUAGGUGGUGCUGCUGCGUCUCCAUCGCCACCACCGCCGGAAUAUCAAGAUUGCCCUCCUCCACCUCCCCCUCCGUGUCCACCAACACCACCUCCACCUCCACCAUCACCAAGUCCACAAUCACCACCAACACCAACACCACCUCCACCUCCACCAUCACCAAGUCCACAAUCACCACCAACACCAACACCACCACCACCUCCACCAUCACCAAGUCCACAAUCACCACCAACACCAACACCACCACCACCUCCACCAUCACCAAGUCCACAAUCACCACCAACACCAACACCAUCUCCACUUCCACCAUCACCAAGUCCACAAUCAUCAGUGGUUUCGAGAGCGAGCUACUACGAGGAUACUAUGACUGAUUACAAAGGGUUCAUUUGCGACACUGUACCGGAUGUUAAACAAAAGACCAUCUCCGGCGUCAACCUCAACAACAGGAAUUUGUAUGGCCCAGAUCUAACCCUCAAUGAAUUCCUAAGCGGUUUAAAAGACCUCGCGUUUUUCCAUGCAAAUUCCAAUAACUUCACAGGCACCAUACCCACCGAUAUAGGCACACUCCGCUACUUAUAUGAGCUCGACCUCAGUAACAACAAUUUAUCCGGCAACUUCCCCAACCAAGUCCUCCAAGCCACCAAGUUAGUAUUCCUUGACCUCAGGUUCAAUGCCUUUUUUGGCGUUGUUCCUCCACAAGUCUUCCUUCUCGGCCUCGACUUGCUCUUCAUCAACAACAACAAUUUCGAGCAAACACUCCCGGAAAACCUUGGCUCCACGCCGGCGCUUUAUCUCACCCUGGCUAACAACAAAUUCGUCGGUGGAAUCCCUCGGAGCAUUGGUCAAGCUUCCAACACCCUACUGGAGGUUCUUUUCUUGAACAACCAGCUAACCGGUUGUUUGCCAUAUGAAAUCGGACUUUUGAAGAAAUCCACCGUGUUAGACGUUGGAUUCAACCAGUUAACUGGUCCACUCCCAUACUCGCUUCAGUGCUUAGAGAAAAUGGAGCUUCUGAACUUGGCUAACAAUAAGUUCUACAACGGAGUUCCGGAGCCGUUAUGCAACCUAACGGAACUGACGAAUUUCACUGCAUCGUAUAAUUAUUUCACUUGGGUUGGGCCCAAGUGUCGGGAACUGAUCAACAAAGGUGUUCUUGAUGUGAAGAUGAACUGCAUUUUUUAUCUCCCGAAUCAGAGAUCGAAAGCCGAUUGUGCUCAAUUCUUCUUGAAUCCUCCUUCUUGCGCUUAUGAAAAAUCUUUCAGAUAUGUACCUUGCUCCAAAGUGUAUUCUGGUAAUCAGUUGGAGGCGUCCAACAUUCAAUGGGAUACUCCAUCGCCGGCACCGGCUCCUCUAAUGCGAAGUUAUGGUGCACUUUCGCAACAUUAA